UACCAUCAGUGGCAGUACACCGCCACAGUGGAGCACAUCUGAGGGAUGCAGGAUGGCUCAAGAGUAUUCUCGAGCAAUUGCACGGGUGAUCGUGGCCCAGAUGGCCCAAGGGGCAGGCUUUGAGCGCCUGCAGGCCAGUGCUCAUGAGUCACUGGCAGACCUGCUGAUGCGGUUUGUGGCAGAGCUGGGCACUGCAUCACAUUCCUAUGCUGAGCUGGCUUGCCGGACAUCCACAAACCUCAGCGAUGUGCUGCUGGCCUUUGAAGACAUGGGAGUGCGAAUGGAGGACCUCAUCCAAUAUGCUAAUGCUGAGGAGGAGGUCCCCUUUGCAUGCCCUGUGGCAAAGUACCCAGUCAGCAAGCGACCUGUGACUCUCCCCACCUUUGCUGACCGGAAGGAGGAGCCGCCAAUGCACGUCCCUGAAUAUCUGCCAGCCUUCCCAGACAAGCACACGUAUGUGGCGACGCCCGCGUACGCAGCGCAUGAGAAGGACGCUCGGAAGCAGCGCGCGGCCGCCGACGCCGCCAAGCGCAAGGCGGAGACCGCCCUUGUCAAGCUGCACCAGCGCCAGACGGCGCUGGAGGCCGCCAAUGCCGCAGCUGAGCCCUCUGCGGCUGCAGAGAAAGUGGGUGCGCCUGUGCUGGGCGCAGACACGAACCCAUUCCUGCUGCAGCCGCUGUGGGAGGACCAGCCCCCUAGUGAGGCCAGGCCAGACAGGAGUCUGGCAGUGUCCAUCCCUGCGGAAGCGGCAGCGCCCGAGGCGAAGGGACAGGCUGACUCGCUGACACAUGCGCUUGGCCUGUCAAAGGAGGACAGCAACAGGAAAGUGGAGUGGCUGGAGGUGGAGGCGGACGCUGCUGGCGCGCAGUUUGGCGACGCAGGGCCUGUGGCGCCGUUCUCUCUGGACUGGGCAGCUGGCGUGCGCGCCAAGGCUGUGGCAUCAGCCUCACACCUGGGUUUUGAGGAUGCGUACGCGGCGCAGAAGGAGGCGAGUCCCGAGCCAACGGCUGCCGGCCGCAAGCGCAAGCUGACGGCCAAGGGCAAGGGCCGCGCGCAGGACCCGAGCAUGCAGCGCGCAGAGCACAUCCUGGCCAUGGGCGGCCAGGUGUCCUGCCUCCUCAUGAGCAAGAUGCUCCCCAAUUACACAUAUGCCCACAGCCCCUUGCAGAAGAUCGAGCACAUGGACAGUUCUGGGGAAGACUGGGAGAAGAUCCGCCAGAUAGAGGCCUUUGUCAACCUGGGCUACGAUGAGAUCCUCAUCAGCGAGGUGCCCAGUGAUGAGGAGGUGGACACUCGCGUGUACUGCCACGAGUACACAGAGGCAAACCUGCAGCUGUAUGACCUGCUCAAGGGAGAGCUUUUGCGCAAAUUCGCUGCAAACAAGCGGUUGAUGAAAGCCGGGCGCAAGGUGACAGGCGGCUUCAAGGUGGAGGUUCAUGUUCACAUCCGCAGAGGGGAUGUAGACCCUCAAAGUCGCCGGUACAUGUCCAUGGGUACAUACCAUGACAUACUCACGGCCAUCAGGAAGGGGUUGAAGGUCCAUGAGAUCAGCAUGGAUGUGCACGUCCACUCAGAGGGGGACCAGGCAGAUUUCCACAGGAUGGUGGAUGACUUUGAUGCCGUGCUGCACCUGGAUGAAGAUGUGCUGCAGACUUGGUAUGCCAUGGCGCAGGCACAGGUGCUUGUGCUGAGCCAGAGCUCCCUGUCCUACACAGCAGGCCUGUACAACCAAGGAGUGGUGGUCUUUUCUGAGCCCAGGUUCAUGCAUGGGCCGGUGCCCAGCUGGUUUGUGUACCAGGAUGACCCAGGGAAUCUGGAGAGGAAAUUUGCCGAGCGCAGGACGCGUGAUCUGCUGCGCCACAGGGUGCAGAACGCUCGGCGGAUCAGCUUUGCUGGGGUGAUCAGUCGAUUCAAGGAUGAUGAGUAGUGGCCUGGUCAAUGAUCAUUGAUGGUCGUAAACUAGUAAGUGUGGAAUGAAACGGCAAUGACAUUUGGCAUGCUGAAAAUGGAACAGUCUUGUCUUCCAGUGUGAUUCAGGAGCUCCUUUAGAAAUUGCAAUGUACAGGAUAGACUGAACAAAAAAGUUACAGGUGACUGCCACCAGAAAUGAAAUUAUCAAUACAUUUAGAUCUGGAGUGCUGGGACAGUGUAUUGCAGACUCUCUGCAGAACUCUGUCCGAGGGAGUUUUACUUUUUUAAGUUUGCCUGUAUGGUUGCCGCCUAAUCAGAAUAGCUGUGUCAAAGUCAAGGGUGCUCACGGCUGUCCCUAAAAGUUGGAAUACCAAUGCAAGCUGUCUACAGGCCUGGGAAGUCCACUGUCUGAGC